AUGACAAGGCUGGCUCCGUCUCACCACCCAGAAACCAUCCUCGCCUGCAACAUAUUCGCCUUCUCGACUCUGCAAUUCUGCAAUUCUCUGCAUCCCUCUCGCCCUUCUGUUCUGCGCGAGUCAGCUCGCCAUUUGCCGUCUGACAUGCUGCUAGGCUCGAACCGCCAUCCGCCAGCCAACCGCCACCACAGGCAAGGCAAGGCAAGGCAAGGCAAGGCAAGGCCUGCAUCAACCAAUAUCUCAUUCAACAUCCAUGGUGACAACCUCGUCCCUUGUAUCGUGCCGUCUCAUGCUCUCGCCAAGACAAAAAAAAAGACAACCCAGCAGGAUUUCUCCGUGCAUCGCGUGGCCUCGGCCCAAUCGUCCGCCUGGACCUCUCCAGAUACCCCAGAGGCGGAUGAUCCGCACCACUUAGGCUAA